GAUCAGUCACUGACAUGUCCAUGGUAUCAGAAUCCGACUGUGGUCUCUUCUACAGCCCACUGGAGGAGUCUCUCUGUGCCCAGAUUGUAGAGCCCAUUGUCAAGAGCCUCUCUGAUGCCACACACACUGUCCUGCACUAUUCCAAACUUGUCCUACCAGAUCUUCUCCUGCCCAACAUUGGCCAGGAGCUGCUCCAUCUGGCGCCUAGUGAGCCUUGCAGCCUGAAGGGGGCGCUCGUUGACCUGUGUGUGGAGCAGGGGGACCACAAGGUGAAUUUGGGGGACGACUGUGUAGUGUGGAGCAGAUAACCGUUGACCCUAACCUGGUUCCUACUUUCCAUCUCACCAUGGUGUUACGGCCAGUGGUGGGGGAGUUGUGGCCCAAGUUGCAGAGGCUCUUUAGGGCCCGGGGGAAUGGGUCCCCCCAGAGGCAGAGUGGGAGACACACACACACUCUCAGGCUCAGUACCAGGUUCAGAGCUAUCAAAAGAAAGCUGUAUAGUUCAGGAGAGCUGCUCAUUGAAGAGUGC